GCUGAGGGGACGGGGGCGCGCGCGUGGGCUGGGGAGUAAAACGGGGUGCGUGUGCGGUGUGGCUUCCCGCACCCACCCACAACGGGGGUGUUCCGAGAGGAACUUACCGGGAAACCUCUAACAGCUUCUUACCGUGUUCCGCUCCCCCCCCGAAGUUAAAGGGAAGAGACCAGUAUGGUUGAAAACUCUCCAGCCCCGUUGCCAGAAAGGGCAAUAUAUGGAUUUGCUCUUUUUUUAGGAUCGUGGUUUGGCUUUAUGUUGUAUCUUAUCUGGGCAUACGUUCCUGAGACUUGGCUGUUCUCAUUGGGACUAACAUACUGGCCUCAAAAAUACUGGGCAGUUGCUUUGCCAGCAUACCUACUAGUUGCUAUAGGAAUUGGUUAUAUAUUACUUUUCGGUAUUAACAUGAUGAGUACAGCUCCACUUAACUCCACACAUACCAUUACAGAUAACUAUGCAAAAAAGCAGCAACAGAAGAAAUUUCAAGAAGAAGCAAUUCCAGCAUUGAGGGAUAUUCCUAUCAGUGAAGUAAACAGAAUGUUUUUCCUUCCUGAAAAAGGAAUCUGCAAUAGCAGAUAGUCGUUAUUAAUAUCUGUUUGAAUAAAGGAUUAGUAGAAGUGUUAUGUAAGGAAAAUCAAAACCUCUCCAAGCUAAAAAAAACCCUUCUUUCUGCUUGUAGAACAAAGCUGCUAUUUUUUUCUGAAUUUCUAGCUAAAUUUAUGUUAACACAUUUCAUUGAGAUGCCUUGAUUUUAUUUAUUAUGCAUGCAUCUUGAUAACCUGCAUUGGUAUGAGAAUUAUGCCACAUGAAUUUAUCUAACCAUUCUUCUGAGUUUAAAAUAGCAUUCUAUUACUUGUAGAUUUCUGCUUGUAAUUUCUCUCUGAGAGUGAAAGAAAUAGUUUUGGACAUAGAUUAAUUCUAUUUCCCUUUGAAUUCAGGGAGAGAAAAUAUGUUCCACUAGUUAAAUGC